GAGUGCUGACAAAUAUUUGUUUGGUGACAUGACAGAUGAAGAGAGUGUUGACGAAUGUCUCUUUUAUGAAGAGAGUACUGACGAAUGUGUCAUUCCUCACUUCAUUUAUUUGGGUUAUGACAACAGAGAUGAAGAAGUGAGUUUGCCAUUGACUGUUCAUCAAACGCCAUGCCAAGUUUUAGGUAAAGGUAUCGAGCUUGUUCUGCAGAACCAGGAAGUGAUGUUUGGAGACUCGGCCACCUUCAGAUUGAGGCUACAUGAUGACACUGAUGAAGCCGGCGAGUGGACCAGGGAUGACGUCACACUUACUCAGUCCGAGAAAACACAUAUCUCUAUCAAUGGAAGGGACCGUCAGCUUACUGUCACAGAUGUCCAUCUUCCUGACACAGGGGAAUAUGCCUACAGAGUGGGGGAGGACAUGACAUCAGCCCACCUGUCAAUAAAUGAAGCAUAUGGCUUCGGUUCUGUUCAACACCCUUCUCCACCACCCGGCGCAGCCUUCCAUCGCGCGAUAAGCGAUGACUUUCUUGGGUUUAUCCAUGUAAAAACAGAUGGUAUAGAGCUUGGUCUGAGGAACAGCAUAGUAAUGUUGGGAGACUCGGCCACCUUCAGACUGAGGCUACAUGAUGACACUGAGGAGGCCGGUGAGUGGACCAGAGACGACGUCACACUGACUCAUUCCAACAAAACACAGACCUCUAUCAAUGGAAGAUGCCGUCAGCUGACUGUCAUAGAUGUCCAUCCUCCUGAUACAGGGGAAUAUGCUUACAGAGUGGGGGAGGAAAUGACAUCAGCCCACCUGUCAAUGAAUGAAGCAAUUUGCUACCGUUCUGUUCUACACCCUCCUCCACCACCGAUCAUACCAAUAUGACCUGCGAGGCAACAAAAUGAAGAUCAUGACAGAAGAAUAUUUUCCUGCAACUCGGGACACAAGUGUUGGCUUCCAUUGUCUAUUGCUUAUCACCUAUCAGCGCCAAUCAUCUGUUGGCUUCCUUUGUAAGCUUCUACCUUCUGUUGGCUUCCCUUGUUAGUUUCUAUCCUUUGUUAAUUUCCACCUUUUGUUAUCUUAUUAAUUUUGAUGUCCUUACAUGCACAUAUAUAUGCUUUCCUGAUUCAUGGCAUUCAUUCACCUGAUGAAGGAGUAAGCAUUUACUCCGAAAAGCUGUGUUCCUCAUCAUAAAGAGGUUGACAUCCAUAUAUUCUCUUUCUUAUGUGUAUCACUUAAAUAUGCCUUUCAAAGACCUGAAGGAGAGAAAUGUUUGAUAUCCUGGCGAAAAGUGUCAAAACACACUGUUAUAUGAACUUGCUGAUGUCACAUUUUUAGAUGUGAUAUUGUUGGAUAGUAUGAGUACUGUUUCGGCUUAUACAUGAUGUUUUGAAAUGGUGUUAAGAGAAUACAUGAUCCUGUUAAAUGUUAUUGCUUUUCAAAUGCUUUUUUUGUAAUUUGACAUUAAACGUCUGCAGUACGACUUUCAGUGAUCAUGUUAAUGAGGUUUGGCGGAGCAUUGGUUUUAUUGGACCCUAAUUACUUUAUGAUGGUUGGGUCUCUCUUUGUCUCAGCUCCAAAGCCAUGACGCUGGGAAAGGGCAGCAUUUGAUUAAUGAGAGUAGGUUUUAUCAUGGAGGAUACACUUGAGGUAGAUGGUUCUACUAAUUACCGUAACACAGGAAGAGACCUGUAGACGUGUAUAAGAUGGCCUUUGCCCCUAAAUAUAUGCAGAGACAUCCUCUGAAUAUCUAUAUAUGUAAAUGUUACGGUACUGUAGCUAUCUGCGCAAACUUUUGCAAAAUGGGCAUAAGGUCACGGACACGAAGGCUAUAGAUACUAUACCUUAUUUGAUUUUUUAGAUGAUAAAGUACAUUAUCUGGUAUAAUAGAUUCAGUUAUUAUAUCUACAAUUUGAUUUGCGAUAUCAGUAAACAUUUCAGGAUAUAAUAAAAUCAAUUUUUAAUAUAAAUUCUUUCUUUGGUAUCCAUAAAUGAAUUAUUGAUAUCAAGUAAGAAUCGACAUCUUGAGACCAGACUUGGUGCAGAAAAGAGACACUUACGUGAGGGAAGAAAGUCAACAAUUGAAUUUGCAGAUGCUGUGGCCCAUUUUGUACGAUUGUGAUGAUCAGGAAAUGUAGUGUUGGUUUAUUAUAAAUUGUCGAUUUGUAUUUUAAAUUUGAUGUUGAGACAUUAUAAACCGUUGUGAUAUUAGAAUAUUAAUUGUAAAAUUCAAUCAUGUUCAUGUGCUGUGAUAAGGAAAUCAUGUGAAAUCAAAUACUUUAUAAAUAAAAAAA